AUGAGGAAUCUUGUGUAUCUAGAUCUCAGUUCCAACAAUCUACGAGGCUCAAUUCUUGAUGCUUUUGCAAACGGGACUUCUAUUGAAAGAUUAAGAAACAUGGGUAGUCUGUGCAAUUUGAAAACAUUGAUCCUUUCUCAGAACGAUUUGAAUGGGGAAAUAACUGAACUGAUUGAUGUUUUAUCUGGGUGCAACAGCAGUUGCUUAGAGACGCUGAAUCUGGGCUUCAAUGAUCUGGGUGGUUUUCUUCCUAAUUCCCUAGGAAAACUCCAUAACUUGAAGUCUCUUUGGCUUUGGGAUAACUCCUUUGUAGGCUCCAUUCCGAGUUCAAUUGGAAACUUAUCGUAUUUGGAAGAAUUGUACCUCAGAGACAACUCAAUGAAUGGGACCAUCCCUGAAACUCUUGGACGACUUUCCAAGUUGGUUGCGAUAGAGCUAUCUGAGAAUCCUCUGACGGGAGUUGUAACAGAGGCUCAUUUUUCAAAUCUUACAAGUUUAAAGGAGUUUUCAAACUACAGAGGGACUCCAAGAGUUUCCCUGGUUUUUAAUAUCAAUCCUGAGUGGAUUCCUCCCUUUAAACUCAGCCUCCUCAUAAUAAGAUCAUGCCAAUUGGAUCCCAAGUUUCCCGCAUGGCUUAGAAAUCAAACUGAGCUCACCGAUGUAGUGCUCAAUAAUGCUGGGAUCUCAGACAGCAUACCAAAGUGGUUUUGGAAGUUGGAUUUGCAUCUUGAUGAGCUGGACAUCGGUUCUAAUAACCUGGGUGGCAGGGUGCCAAACUCAAUGAAGUUUCUUCCUGAAUCCACCGUUGAUUUGAGUGAAAACAACUUUCAGGGGCCUUUGCCACUAUGGUCAUCCAACGUGAUGAAACUGUAUUUGAAUGACAAUUUCUUUUCUGGCCCAAUCCCUCUGGAGUAUGGUGAAAGAAUGUCCAUGCUGACAGAUCUAGAUCUCUCCAGUAAUGAUCUAAAUGGCACCAUUCCCCUCUCCUUCGGGAAACUAAAUAAUUUAUUGACCCUUGUCAUCUCAAACAAUCAUUUGUCUGGAGGAAUUCCAGAGUUUUGGAAUGGUUUACCUUACCUCUAUGCCAUAGACAUGAACAACAACAAUUUAUCUGAUUUUCAGGAAAUGUUCCAGCAUGGAUAG